UAUACUUUUUACGAAAAGUUGAUAUAUUUCGAAAUAACUUAAGUUUAAAGUUUAAGUUUUAUGUUUAUUUGAAUAACGAUAAGUUUAGUUGCUUCAUUCUAAAAUGGAUAUGUUACGCAAUGUUGCUCGUUUUGUAUUCACAGCCUCAGAUCCACGCUUUCAAGAUUGGAUAUUAUUUAAACCGUAUGCAGUAAUAUUCAUUUUAUUUUCAUAUCUUUACUUCGUUUUAGUAUGCGGUCCUAGGUUUAUGAAAAACAGAAAGCCAUAUUCGUUAAAAACGUUCAUCAAAUUUUACAAUAUUUUUCAAAUUUUUCUGAAUGGUUAUAUGGUAUACAAAUUUUUAAGAGGCUGUUGGUAUUUAAAAAUAUCGAUAUAUUGCCAUCCUGUGUCUUACGAUACAUCUCCUGAAGAUAUGGAGAUUGCAGUAACUUCUUGGUUGUGUCUAGUCUCAAAAAUAAUAGACCUAAUUGAAACGGUAAUAUUUAUAUUACGAAAGAAAGAUAAACAGGUUUCGUUUUUGCAUUUGUAUCAUCACGUAACAACUUUGACUGUGGGAUGGAUAUUUGGAAAACAUUAUUCUGGUGGAAUGGCUGUUAUUAUACCUAUAGUUAAUUGUUCUGUACACGUAAUUAUGUACACUUACUAUUUUGCUAGUUUAUUGGAUGGAAAAAUUCGGGAUAUCGUCAGUAAAUAUAAACAUUGGGUUACAAUUAUUCAAAUGGUGCAAUUCGUACUAUUGUUAGUUCAUAAUGGGCAAGCGUUUUCACCGAACUGUGAUGUGCCUAAUGUCAUAGUUUUUAUUUCAUGCGCCAACUAUGUCAUUAAUUUCUUUUUGUUUUACAAUUUUUACAAGCAUGCCUAUUUAAAGAAAAAUAUCAAAUACUCACAGCUAUAA